UGGUGAGUCAUACCUGAGGAGGAUCACGAGAAGGUGUGUCACGGCCGCCCCUCCGCUGCCCUGUCACCUCCCUGCGUCACUUAGUUAUCUCCUGCCCGGCCUCCAGCACACACCACCAGCCAUGUUCUCCUCGGGGCCCAACUACACCAAGCUGAAGACCAACCUGCGCCUCAGCAUCAACAGACUCAAGUUGCUGGAGAAGAAAAAGACGGAGCUGGCGCAGAAGGCGAGGAAGGAGAUCGCUGAUUACCUGUCCACGGGCAAGACUGAGCGUGCUAAGAUCCGGGUGGAGCACAUCAUCCGGGAAGACUACCUGGUGGAGGCCAUGGAGGUGACGGAGAUGUACUGUGACCUCCUCCUGGCACGCUAUGGCCUCAUACAACAGAUGAAGGACUUGGACGAGGGCAUGGCCGAGGCAGUCUCAUCCCUUAUCUGGGCCGCACCAAGACUCCAGACUGACGUGGCGGAGCUCAAGAUCAUCGCAGACCAACUCACACUCAAGUUCGGGAAACCUUACGGCCAGGCGUGUCGAGAGCAGCAGGUCACCACCAUCAGCGAGCGCCUCAUUCACAAGCUGAGUGUGCAGGCACCUCCGAAGGUACUGGUGGAGAAGUACCUGGUGGAGAUUGCCAAGAACUACAAUGUGGAGUAUGAGCCUGACCCACAGGUGAUGCGAGAGGAUGAGUGGGGCAAUGAUCCCCUCAUUAGUCUGGACGAGAAGAACAACCUGGGGAAUGGCGGUGCAGGGGGCGGUGGUGGAGGCGGUGGUGGCAUGAACAUUCCCCCGAUGGCAGGCUUCAUCGGCUACCCUCCUCAGCCCAUGCCCCAGCAGCCCUUUACCUACCCUGGAUCGGUGCUGCAUCCUACCCCUAUACCUCAUGAGGCCCCAGCCUUGCCCAGCAAACAUCCACUACCAGAACCACAGCCACCUUUGGGACCUCCUUGGUCUCCUGCAUCUCUGUGCCCCUCGCCUCAAGACUCAAGGAUACAGGCUGGGCCGGGGGUGCCCUCCAUUCUGCUCACCAACCCUCAGUCCCUCACCAACUGUUUUGAUGAGUUUAAGGAAGUUGUGGCUCAGCACAACCCAGAUGUCAUUGUGGUCAGCGAAACCUGGUUCAGCGAGGCACGGCCGGCAGCGCAGCACAACCUGUCUGGCUACAGGCUGUUCCAUGAUGACAGGGAGGGCCGCGGGGGGGGCGUGGCAGUGUAUGCCCGGGAGAGCCUCCAGCCACAGGAGGUGAAGCUCAAGGCGCCUCCUGAGCUGGAGUGUGUGUGGGUGGCAGUGGAUGGUGGGGCGGUGGUGUGUGGGCUGUACCAUGCGCCGCGGGCCCCCACGGGACCGGCACUCAUGGAUCAGAUCGUCAACUCGGUGGUGGACAUUCGCACACGCAACCCUUCAGCUGUGUUUGCUGUGGCUGGGGACUUCAAUAACUUGCCUUACGGCCGGCUGUGUGCCUGCCUUGGACUGACCAACUUGGUGCAGGAACCAACUCACCUUAACUCCAUCAUUGACCUGGUUCUCACUGAUGCUCCCAAUGCCUUUGAGCGGCCCAGCCUGCUGCCGCCCAUUGGCCGCAGCAAACACAGCUGUGUGCUGGUAACCCCAAUGCCCAUCCAGGAGUGCCAGGGCGGUGCAGGAGCCAUGGACCUCAACUUGCCCAACGUGCCUGGCCAGCCCAUCCACCCACAGCCGGGGAUGCCCAUGGGAGGCUACAACAUCCCCCCGGGUGGCCCUCCACCUGCUGAUGCUUCUGCUGAUCCCCUCCCUGAGAAAAUCAGCAACAUGCAGAAUAUUACUGGGAGUGGGCAGUGGAGUGACCCCAUGGGAACGAAGAACUCCCCACCUCCUGAGUAUUCUUCCUUCCUGCCCUCGGGCCACCACGCCACUCCCGUCCCCAACGCUCCGUACCCCAGCAUGCCCUACGCUGGGCAGCCAUCUGCUCGCCCCCCGUUCCCUCCUGAUGUUGGUGCAAAAGGAGACAACCUUAAGGACGGGGAGCAGCCCAAGCCGGCCCCUCGCUCAAAGUUUGGGGAAGGUGACGCAGAGUUCACCAUGCCUGACCUGCCAAGCGUUCCUGACCUCCCCGGCACUGCCACCCUGCCUGACCCCAGCGACGCCAAGGAUGACAUUGACUUUGAUGACCUAACAAAGAGAUUUGAAGACCUCAAAAAGAAGAAGUAAAGGGAAGGCUUCACAGGUGGUGUCUUAUAGCUUUAGCUCAUUAAUAUUCUAUCUUAUAUAUACUAACACAAACACUCCUGAAGAUUGAUUUCAGCUGUGUACAGUGGUUGGGAGGCAGGAAAUGAAUGAAAGGUUGUGUGAUUUGCCAUUGCUUUGGCCCAACCUCUCUCUUUACUUAGGACUACUUACCUUCUCCAAGUGUAUUCCAUUGAGGUGAAUGGUUUUACAAAGGUGCUUCACACUUACCUGAUUACGUUAAGGCGUUACGUCCCAAUCUUAAAGAAUGACGCCUGAAAACUGUCGAUGGGAAAAUGAUUGGAAUGAGUGUGAGUGAAGUCUCUGUAUGAUGUUGUUACUAGAUAUCACAAAUGUGUUUUCAGAGUAUUCUUAGUUCAUUAAUUGGCUGAUCAUUUAUGCUUGGACAUUUUUAAUCAUUGAUAAUUUUCUUUUGUCUGCUAAUAAGUUAAA